AGAAGUUCAUUUCGUCCGUCAGUCGCUGAUUUAUUUUGGACGUAGACACACCUCUGUGUCGGACGGUCACAUUGAAACAACAACGCAGGCACAAUAGUACCGUACCAUAUCGUAACAAUUUCGUAAAAUUAUGGCUGAACAAAAUUUGUCAUCUAAAGAAAUUUUCCAGUUGGAAGACAAAUAUGGUUGUAGAAAUUACGCUCCCUUGCCUGUUGCUUUAUGCCGAGGUGAAGGAGUGUUCGUGUGGGAUGUCGAAGGAAAAAAGUAUUAUGAUUUUUUAAGCGCAUACUCCGCAGUUAACCAAGGUCACUGCCACCCUAGAAUAAUUGAAGCUUUGAAGAAACAAGCUGAUAAUUUGACACUAGUGUCAAGAGCAUUUUAUUCCGAUCAACUUGGCAAGUAUGAAAAGUAUAUGACAGAGUUAUUUGGAUAUGAUCGCCUGCUUCCUAUGAACACGGGUGUUGAAGGAGGUGAAAGUGCAUGCAAGAUAGCACGUAAAUGGGGGUACGAAGUCAAGAAGAUACCUGAAGGCCAAGCUAAGAUAAUUUUUGCGGAAGGAAACUUCUGGGGGCGAACUCUAUCGGCGGUAUCAUCAUCAUCAGACCCAACCUGCUACCAGGGCUUCGGACCGUACAUGCCGGGCUUCAUUCUUAUUCCCUACAACGACAUCCCAGCUUUAGAGAAAGCUCUCCAAGAUCCGACAGUUGCGGCUUACAUGGUUGAACCGAUUCAAGGAGAGGCAGGCGUCGUAAUACCUGACGACGGCUAUCUCAAGAAGGUUCGAGAGCUAUGUACAAAGCACAACGUGUUGUGGAUUGCGGACGAAGUACAGACUGGAUUAGGUCGCACAGGCAAGUUGUUGGCUGUGGAACAUGAAGGCGUGAAACCAGACAUCCUAAUACUUGGCAAAGCACUCAGCGGGGGUGUCUUGCCUGUUUCCGCUGUUCUAACUAGCAACGACAUUAUGGAUGUGAUAAAGCCAGGCACUCACGGAUCAACGUACGGAGGAAACCCUUUGGCGUGCGCUGUAGCCACAGAAGCUAUUAAGGUGCUACUGGAUGAGAAGUUAUCAGAAAACGCUGAGAGGAUGGGCAAAAUACUACGCGAAGAGCUGAGUCAGAUACCAAAAACACAGAUUCGUACAGUUCGAGGAAGGGGACUGAUGUGUGCUAUUGUAGUGGAUGACAGCAUUCCAGCAUCGGAGUUGUGUCUCCGCCUGCGCGACAAUGGCCUGCUAGCGAAGCCGACGCACGGACAGACCGUGCGCCUCGCGCCGCCACUCGUCAUCACAGAGACACAGAUACGAGACGGCGCUGAUAUCAUCAGGAACGUCUUCCAAAGCUUUCAAAAAUAAAUAUGAGUCUAUUUGAAGGUCCAUUAGCCCACAAAUUGUGUUACAAAGCCACUAUACUAUCUUAGGUGCGUUACAUAAAAUUGUGAUUUUUUGUUUAAUUUAUGUAUUAAACAAAAAUAUAUUAAGAAUGUUCCUUUUGUAAAAUGAGAUAUUUACUAAUCAUUACGAUUUACCUUUAUUACUAUAAUUAUGUUAUAUGUAUUCAUAAUAAAUAAUACUUGUCUUAAGGUUUUUUAAAUUUGAUUAUGAUUGUAUAUGAGGUUGCCACCUUUUUUUUGCCGAUAAAGUACAUUGGUUAUUAUAGGUAGGAAAAAAGUACAUAGUAUUAAAAUAAAGUGCAAUUUAUUUAUUUAUUAUUAUUAUGUUUAGAUACCUACAUAUUUUUAUUUUAAUUGAACAAAUUAACCAAGAAAUUGUGACAAUUAAUGACAGUGACAUUGUUGACAUUUGAGGUUAAGAUCUCUAACCUAAGAGAUUAGGUGAUGUGGCGUUAACGAAAAAAUACAAAUGACUAAACUUUUCAAUAUCCCAAAGAAACUAAAUCAUGCGAAAUAAAGUAUUUUCGUGUAUUUACGUAAUUAUAAAGUACGGGUGGCAAACCUGAUUGCAUACCUACUAUUUAUAGUGUAGAUUUAGAAACGAAUAAUUAAUUUUAUUUACACACAAUUCCUAUGGAUAUCAAGCACAUAUAUUUAUUGUGAAAUGUGAACAUAUAUUUACAAUCAAAAUAAAACAAAUUUGAAUAA